GCCAUUUAUCAAACUUUGACCUUUGACACUAACAAAGUCUACAAACGUCACGACUGGAGGGAGGGAAGAAGACCAAAUCCGGUGAUAUCGACGUUGAAUUCAUAUGAAAUCAUAAUUUUGAACAUCUUGCAUGAGCAUAGAGACACGGAGGACAAGCCCAAGGUUGUGAUCAACGCCCAGAGAAAGUCAUGGACAGUGAGGUGCCGCGUGAUGGCCGGCUGCUGGACAUAGUUGACCAGGACUGGCGAGAUGACCAGCUGCCCAUGGACGACAUCGAUGUUCCCCAGAUGGAGUUACCGGACCCAGAACAGGAACAGGACAAUGGUGGCCCUACUGAAUCCCUGAAGGAACAGGAGCAGAAGUGGACAGACCUGGCCCUGCAACUUUUACAUGAGAACCCCUCCACCAACAACACUGAGAACCCAUCUCGUUAACUUUGGACAAUUAUAGCCUGUUUCAUAGUUACUGAGUUUUUCCUGCAUAGUCUUGCAUUUGUUUUUGCACUCAGUAAAUAGCUUUCCUGUAU